UUGCAAUAGAUGAUGAAAGGAGGAUAAAAGUAGCAGAGAUGGGUGGAGCUCAAGAUCUUUUGAUAAUGUUGGAAACUGCUAGAGAUGACAAGACGCGCAAAGAAGCUUUGAAAGCCCUUCUUGCUCUUUCUCACUCUGAUGCUGUUGCUGAGAUAUUGCAACAAGCUAAUGCGGCUGCUAUUGUUGCUUCUGCUCCAGAUUCUGCUGAGUUUGAUGAAAUUGGUAAUUGCAAGUCUAGUUUGUUAAAGCGGUUCAAAGUAUUUGAAGAUAACCAGUCUCCAUCAGAAGUUGCUUUUACUUGAUCAUUUCGACUGGUUAGCUUCUCAGUUCUCUCCUAUUGUGAUUUGCCAACUUGGUUUUGUUAAUUACUGCAUUUUAAUUGCAAGCUUUCUGCUUACUGUUCGUUCACAUGACAGUCUGAAAGAUGAAGAAUAGGGACAUAAUGAACUUGAAUUUAUACUCUUAGUAGAGGUGACUUGAUUAGUACAUUAUUCCAGCUGUUCAUGAGAAAAAAUUGCUUCAGGAACUGCUCACAUAAA